AUGACGCAGUCUACAUCGUUGGGGGCGGUAUCCAGCGCUCCGUUAAUUGGCCGUCUCGACCAGUACGACCAAGUUGAAGACAUUCGCAACUACAUCGAGCGUCUUAACCUCUAUUUUGUUGCAAAUGACAUCCCUGCGGCGAAACAAUCGGCAGUUCUGUUGAGUGCAGUUGGUGCUACUGUCUACAAGACUGUAAAAAGCUUAGCUGAACCAACUCCAGUGUCUGCAAAGAGCUUCAAAGAACUCUGUGAUAUGCUUGUAUCACACUACGGCCCAAAGCGUCUAGUUGUAGCAGAGCGUUUCCGAUUUUACAAACGCGAACAACACAUGGAUGAGUCCAUCGCUCAGUAUGCUGUUGCACUACGCGAUCUUGCCAGCCCCUGCCAGUUUGGGACAUUUCUCGAUGACGCCUUGCGUGAUCGCCUGAUCUGUGGCCUCCGAAGUGAGUAUGUUCAGAAACAUCUUCUGACUAAGGAUAGCCUCACUUUCCAGAAAGCCCUGGAUGUUGCAAAAACUCUAGAGACAGCCACCAAAGAUCUCCGUGAAAUUAAAGGAGCACACAAUACGGCGGCUGUUCACGCGAUGCACCCCAAACCUCGACAGAAGAUGCCCCACAAUCGAUCGACCAAACCCAACACCCACCAGGCCAGGUGUCCCAAUUGCGGAUACGACCCAAGUCAUGCUACAUGCCCUGCUAGAGGCCAGAAGUGCAAGUCCUGUCACAAAACUGGACAUUUUAGCCGGGUUUGCCGAUCCAAACCUAAACACACGCGAGCUGUGAUGGCACCGACUUCAUCUGACGAUGAGACUGAGUUCUUUGUAGGCUCCGUAUCCAGUAAAAAUGCCCCAUCACACACUUCCUGGCGCCAGACCAUCCUUGUUGAGAAAAAGCCCAUCAACUUCUUGCUUGACACUGGGUCCGAGGUAAACAUACUGCCACUUCAUGUUUACCACACCCUGAAGCUCCACAACCCGACCCUGCAGUCUACGACUACAACCCGUCUGUGCGGUUUCUUCGGCGGAAAAGUCCAGCCAAGAGGACAGAAACGCCUAUCAUGUGAAGUCAAGGGCAAGUACCAUAUCCUGACUUUUCUUAUCAUUGGCGAUGGUGAGCCAGUUCUGGGAAAACAUGCCUGUGUUUCCCUUAACCUGGUGCAGCGUGUGUACACCAUGAUAAAUGAUGAUGAUGUUUAUGAGGGAACCGGAUGCCUAAAAGGCCCACCAGUCAAGAUAAAGCUGACAGAAAACGCUACACCACACUGUGUCCAUGCCCCUCGUCGAAUCCCACUGCCCUUGCACCCCCAACUCAAGGCAGAGCUAGACAAAAUGGAGAAACAAGGAAUCGUCACGCGCAUCACAGAACCAACUGAUUGGUGCGCCCCGAUCGUGAUCGCUCCAAAGAAAAAUGGAAACAUCAGAGUCUGUGUUGACCUACGAAUGCUGAACAAAGCCGUGGCCAGGGAGCAGUUUAGCAUACCUACCUUGGAAGAGGUCCUGGGUAAAAUUGCCGGUGCCCAGUUAUUUUCUGUCCUCGAUGCCAAGCAUGGGUUUUGGCAAAUUCCGCUCCACCCUGACAGCCAGAAGUUAACCACAUUCAUCACACCAUUUGGUAGAUUCUGCUUCAAUCGCCUGCCAUUUGGCAUCACAUCGGCACCUGAGCUGUACCAGAGAAUCAUGAGUGAUCUGCUGGUCAAUCUACCGGGAGUUGUCGUCUACAUGGAUGAUGUUCUUGUCACGGGUGCGACACCAGAGGAACAUGACGCACGUCUCCGUCAUGUACUGCAAAUUCUACAAGGAGCUGGGCUGAAGCUUAAUAAGGACAAGUGCAAAAUUGCGCAAGAGCAGGUGCACUUCCUUGGCCAUCGUCUCGAUAAGCGUGGAAUUCACCCUGAUCCUGCUAAACUUGAUGCAAUCCUCCAGAUGUCGCCGCCUACGACGAAGGAGGAAGUCAAACGACUGAUGGGGAUGGUGAAUUGGCUAUCUCGUUUCAUACCCCAUGCAGCUACAGUGGCAGCACCGAUUAAUGCUCUGAUGAAAGGCGACACAGAGUGGACUUGGGGUCCAGCACAACGCAGUGCUUUCAGACACCUCAAGACACUGCUAACUACAGCCCCGACGCUUGCAUACUAUGACCCAACAAAGUCAACGAUGGUCAGUGCUGAUGCCAGCAGUUACGGCAUUGGUGGAUACAUCCUUCAGAAGCAGGAAGAUGAGUCCUGGAGACCAGUAGCAUAUUGUUCCCGAAGCCUGACACGUGCUGAACAACGAUAUGCACAGAUCGAGAAGGAGCUACUGGCUGCUGUAUGGUCAUGUGAGCGUUUCUUCGUCUAUCUCCGCGGUCUACGAGUGACGCUCCAGACAGACCACAAACCCCUAGUGUCCCUAAUCAACAAAAAGGACUUAUGUGAUGCCCCUCUCCGAUGCCAACGACUGCUGAUGAGGCUGAUGAGAUACAACUGCGAAGCAGAGUACACCCCUGGUAAGGACCUGGUUGUGGCCGAUGCACUUUCGCGAGCUCCUCUCCAGCGAGAUAAAGUGGCCGAACCAGAUGAAGAUCUUGAAGGCGAGAUCGAAGCACAUGUCCACUUGAUCACAACCCAGUGGCCAGCAUCUGAUGCAAAGCUGGUCGAAAUAGCCUUAGAGACCAGUCACGACCGUACCCUGAGUGCAGUCAUCACUCACGUCAAAGAUGGAUGGCCUAAGUACCAGAAGGAUGUCGACCCAGAGUUGAAACGGUUCUGGGAUGACCAAGACAAAAUCAGCCUAGUCGGUGGUAUCCUCACAUAUGGUGACCGCAUUGUGAUUCCACAGAGCCUGAGACAACAAAUGUUGCAGAGAAUCCAUGAGGGUCAUCAAGGCGUCUCAAAAAGCCGACUUCGAGCCAAUCAAGCCUUGUGGUGGCCUGGUAUGAGCACUGACAUAGCCCAGUAUGUCCAGUCUUGCCCGCAUUGCCAGGAUAUGCAACCAUCGCAACGCGCCGAACCACUCAUGUCCACACCACUCCCACAGAGACCAUGGCAGCAAAUUGCCUGCGACCUAGCCGAGGUGAAGGGGAAGAUGUACCUUGUGCUGGUAGACUACUAUUCCCGAUGGAUAGAGCUACAUCACCUCCACUCGACAACAGCCAAAUCUGUGAUAAACUUCAUCAAGGCAACAUUUGCUAGAUAUGGUAUUCCCGAAGUGGUGGUGACUGACAAUGGUCCACAGUUUUUGGGUGAAUUUGACCAAUUCGCUCGUGAGUACAACUUCCAACACAUCACCUCCAGUCCCUAUUACCCACAGGCCAACGGACAAGCAGAGAAAGCUGUACACAUUGCCAAGAGACUGUUAAGCCAAGACGAUCCAGUCCGCGCCUUGAUGCUGUACCGGUCCACUCCUCUGCCUAGCCUUGGCCAGAGUCCAGCCAGUCUCCUAAUGGGAAGGGAGAUUCGCACCACACUUCCAAUCCUGCCUCGUAAUCUGCAGCCUAAGAAGGUAGAUCACAACAAGCUGAAGGCUACAGACAACAUGAACAAACAGAAAAGCGGACAAACCUUCAACAAGCGACACGGUGCAAGACAGCUGGAUGAUUUGAUGCCUGGAGACAAGGUUAAGAUCCGAACCAAAGGACAGCUGAGCCCAGAAGGUGAAGUUGUACGUCAGGCUGGGACUCCACGGUCCUACAUCAUCAACAUCAACGGCACUGAGUACCGUCGAAACAGACGUCAUAUCUUUCUUCUUCCCAAACCAUCCCUGGAUCCAGUUCUUGACAUCCAAACAUCAUGCAAGGAGACCAAGGAUCCUCAACCAGCUGAAUCUCGACCCACUCGAGUUACCCGUCCACCAGUUUGGCACAAGGACUACAUUGUGUCUCAAAACUAG